AUGGAUGGCAGUAAUUUCUCAAUGAAUAUUUUCGAGGCCUUUCAUGCACUAAAUGUUACGCACUUAGUUGCUGUUAUGGAAACUCGGGCAUCUAAACAAAGUAACCUUUUGGUUAGCGAGCUCACAUCAGUGGUCCAAGCACUCUCAAAGAUAAAGAGAAUGUCCCCAUGCCUAACCAUUGUACUUGCCAAUGAUGACAUCGACUUCCUUAUAAACUUCAUCGGAAUUUCUUCUGACAACGGCCUCCUGGUCACAUACUCGGCUUUGCUUUUCACUCAUAUGACGUCUGAUUCUCUCCAGAUGGUUCAAGAUCAACUCUCAAUCAUUAAUGCAGCUGUUGUCAGUCUAAAGGAGCUAGAAAUUUAUCAAAGGUUAACAGAAGGUGGGCAUCUGACAAUUGCUGCUAUUUUCUACCCAACUCACUCAAUUAUGAAAGUUUCAACAGCUCAAAACGGUUCUUCUACUGUUACUCUUACUGGACCCAUUAUGGAAGUACUGGAAAUACUCUCCACUUCAAUCAAUUUCACAUAUGACUUAGUUCCUUUCAUCUCAUAUGGAUACCUGUUACCCAACGGGUCUUGGAAUGGACUAGUAGGAGCAGUAUAUAACAAGGAAGCUGACAUUGCCCUUGGUCCCCUUGCAAUAACAUACGAACGGGCCAAAGUCGUUCAAUACACGGAGUACAUAUUCGAUGACUACCUUCGUAUUUUAGCAAGAAGAGGAGACACUGAAGUAGAUCCUUGGAGCUUCGUGAUGGCAUUCAAUAAGGAAGUUUGGGCAUCAUUAUUUGCCUCGUUGGCUUUGACUGUAAUCGUAUCAUCUAUCUGUGCAAAGAUUGCUUUCGGUGAAGUUCUACCAAAGAGCUCUGUGUUUGGGUAUUACCGGAUCCUAGUACAGCAAGAUAUAGACGAUAAAUGGUUCCCGUGGUGGGAGAGAAUGAUUUUUGGGGGCUGGUUACUGACCGUCCUGAUCUCAGCAGAGAGUUACAGUGGAAACUUAAUGUCUCUGUUAGCUGUCCGAUAUAUCUCCCAGCCUUAUCAGUCCUUGAGGAUUGUCUUGGAUGAUCCGAGGAUCAAGAUUAUGUGGCUAUCUAACACCGUUUAUGAACAAUAUCUGAAGGAAAGUGUAGAUUCUAUUCGUCCAGGGAAAAGUACCUUCCUUUUACUUUCGCAUUGGUUCAGAAAAACAGUCCCCUACUUCAGAGCAUCAAUGAAGGCUCCGUCCUUUUAUUGUGAGGGAGGUUUAUACAACCACUGGCUUGAGAAAGCAGUGCCUCUUGCCCAAGGCUGUAAUAAUCCACCGACAAAGUUCACAGUAAAGUCUUCACUUACUGUGCCUGAGCUGGGGGCAUUUACAGAACUCCUGUAA